AUGGUUCGUCCUAAAGUAGCAUUGCAUGGACUUCUUCCAGUAUACUGCACGUGGGAUGGUCUGAGCACAGAAUCCACCAUCGUCAAGUCGCACCAGCGUGACCCCUUGGAAGCUGAGAAAGCUGGUUUAGACGCUUGUACGCUUGCUGCGCGAUGCCUUCGUAUCGAUGAAGUACGCGUACAGACAGGAGGUGGCCCGCGUGUUCUGUGGAGCUUCAUGGAUGAUGCCUUGCAGUGGAUCCUCGAGCCGCAGAGCCGCCGAGGGUAUAGUAAGGCGUCCGUAAGGGACGUUUCACGGAUUCAAUAG